AUGGACAUCGGCUUUGCUAUUUUAAUAAUUGGCUGUGCGGCUCUCGUGGCUGCCUUCCUCCUCCUGGUAAUUGGCCUGGUGUACGCGGAGCUGAUGAAUUCUCACAUUCCUCCUGGGGUUGAGAACACAGGCAAACUGCACGCGGUUCACAGCCUAUUUGUGGGUAUAGCAAUUGUGGGUCGCAUCUUGCACCGCCUGAGUAUCUGUCAUCAGGUCACCUUCAUCCGCUGGUUUGUCUCAUGUUUUCUGACCCACACAAAUCCGCCUCCCCCCGGUUUGAGGAUAAAGGACCUCAUUUUCUCUGCAGUUCCUGUUCGAAUCUACGAACCCACCGCAGCCUGUGAUGGUUUAAGAAGAGGGCUGGUAUAUUUCCAUGGUGGAGGAUGGGUCUUGGGUAAUAUAGAUUCUGUUGAUGAAGUCUGCCGCUACAUUGCUCUGAAAUCCAGCACAACUGUAGUUUCGGUCGGGUACCGAUUAGCCCCUGAGCACAAGUACCCCUCUCAGCUGGACGACUGUGAGGCUGCCACCCGCCACUUCCUGUCUGUGGCCAUGGAAGACUUUGGCGUAGACCCUGGCAGAGUGGCAGUUGGGGGGGACAGCACUGGGGCGAACCUGGCUGCCGCACUGUGCCAGCGCUUGGCAAAACAAGACAAUGGACAUGUGGUGCUCCCGUGUGCCCAAGUCUUGGUCUACCCAGUGUUGCAGAUGGCAGAUUUCAACUUGCCCUCGUACCAGCAAAAUCACGCUGUGCCCAUAUUGUACCGUGCCCGGAUGCCGUUCUACUUCCUGCAAUAUCUCAAUGGAGACCCUUCAUUGGGCCAGGAUUUGCUGGAUGGGUACCAUGUCCCCAAUGAACUUAAACCACGCUACACGACCUGGCUGUCUCCUAGCAACUUACCACAACAGUGCUUAUCCAGGGGCUAUGUCGAGCCCCCAAAGGCAGAGUAUGAUGGAGGGCUGUACCACGAAAUCAAAGAUGGUCUGGAACAUGAGGUCUCACCACUAUUGGCUGAAGAUGAUGUCAUUGAGAAAGCCCCGUCCACAUUCAUCCUCACCUGUGAAUAUGAUGUAGUGAGGGAUGAUGGGAUACUUUUCAGGAAGCGGCUGCUGGACUUGAACAAAGACGUGACCUGGAAGCACAUGGAUAAUGGUUUUCAUGGAAUAAUUAACUUUUACAAUCAGGGCUGGCUGAGCUUUCCAGCGGCCACACGUGUUCUAGAUCACAUUGUGGAUUUUUUAAUAACUUUGUAA